AUGUCGUAUCACGGCAGCAGCUACAGUUCUCGUGACCAUCACGGAGGACACGGUGGAGGCGGCUACAGUGACGUCUCACUUCCCCAUCGGGGUGACGCGGUCUUGGUCCUGGUCCUGGUCCUGGCCCUGGCCCUGGCGAUAGGCUUGACCGCACGCAGCAAGGCUUCUGCUGGUCGCCGGUUGUCGCUUCGCCAUGACUCGCAUCAUCUCGCCAAGAGUCUAUCUGGCUUUCUCGUCACUGCAUUUAGAGACUGUUCAAAUGCUAACAUGUUCAACGGUUAUGGUGGAGGCUAUGGUGGCGGUUACGGAGGUGGUGACAGGAUGUCAAACCUCGGUUCCAAUCUGAAGCCUCAGGAUUGGGACCUCUCGGCCUUACCCAAAUUCGAGAAAUCCUUUUACAAGGAACAUCCCAAUGUGACCAACCGCUCUAGCCGCGACGUUGAGAAGUUCCGCCAGGAGCAUCAAAUGACCGUGCAUGGUAGAAAUGUUCCUCGACCGGUCGAGUCCUUCGAGGAGGCUGGCUUCCCGCAAUACGUCCUGUCGGAGAUCAAAGCGCAGGGAUUUGAGCAUCCUACCGCCAUCCAAUCUCAGGGUUGGCCAAUGGCGCUCUCUGGACGCGACGUUGUGGGAAUUGCAGAAACCGGAUCUGGCAAGACCUUGACCUACUGUCUUCCGGCCAUCGUGCACAUUAACGCCCAGCCUCUUCUCGCCCCUGGCGAUGGUCCUAUUGUCCUCAUCCUGGCUCCUACCCGUGAGCUGGCAGUCCAGAUUCAGGCCGAAAUUAGCAAGUUUGGACGGUCAUCCCGCAUCCGAAACACUUGCGUGUACGGUGGUGUUCCCAAGGGCCCCCAGAUCCGUGACCUCAGCCGAGGUGUUGAAGUGUGCAUCGCAACUCCUGGUCGCUUGAUUGAUAUGCUGGAAGCGGGGAAGACCAAUCUUCGCCGUGUUACCUACCUGGUCCUGGACGAGGCUGACCGGAUGCUCGACAUGGGUUUCGAACCCCAGAUCCGCAAGAUCGUCUCUCAAAUCCGUCCUGACAGGCAGACCCUCAUGUGGUCCGCUACCUGGCCCAAGGAGGUCCGUCAGCUCGCACAGGAUUUCUUGAAUGAUUACAUCCAGGUCAACAUCGGAUCCAUGGAUCUGGCGGCUAACCACAGGAUCACCCAAAUCGUUGAGGUUGUCUCGGAAUUCGAGAAGCGUGACCGAAUGAUCAAGCACCUGGAGAAGAUCAUGGACAACCGUAGCAACAAGGUUCUCAUCUUCACUGGCACCAAACGUGUCGCCGACGACAUCACGCGCUUCCUCCGCCAGGAUGGUUGGCCGGCAUUGUCUAUUCACGGUGACAAGCAGCAGACUGAACGAGAUUGGGUGUUGAACGAAUUCAAAACUGGCAAAAGCCCAAUCAUGGUUGCCACCGACGUGGCUUCCCGUGGUAUCGGACCUGUCCAGGCUUUCUCGGGUCUGCUUGAUGGUUCUCAUGCCAGGAGGACCUUGGACUCACAGUGCAGUGUAGCAGACGUGCUUGUAGAGCUGUGGGAAGUCUUAUUGAACUUGUUCAAGCUGCAUUUCCAAGGUUGCUCCAGGACCGCGAUUAUUGCCAGCCCAUGGACUUGCCACAAGGAUCUUGAUGAAGAAUAUGUUCGCGACAUCACUCAUGUGUUGAACUAUGAUUAUCCGAACAAUUCGGAGGAUUAUGUUCACCGGAUCGGUCGAACUGGCCGCGCUGGUGCCAAGGGCACGGCCAUCACUUUCUUCACUACUGACAAUGCUAAGCAGGCUCGUGACUUGGUCGCCAUCCUCAGCGAAGCUAAGCAGCAGAUCGAUCCGCGCCUGGCGGAAAUGGCUCGCUAUAGUGGCGGCGGUGGCGGCCACCACGGCGGUCACCGCUAUGGCGGCGGCGGACGUGGCCGUGGCCCUCCUCGUGGCUUCACCACCUCGAAUGCAGCACCCCUUGGUCCCAACCGACGCUGGUAA